AUGCCAUUACUUUCCCUUCGUGCGCACUACGCUGCACUGACGCUUUACGUGUGCGCGCACGCAGUUUUAUAUGAAACUGUUUGUGCUUCUCAUGAACAUUGUGAUGUCUGUGAUGUUUCUAGAUGUAUCAUGGGAAGUAAGACUGCUGCCAAGGACUCAUGUGCAUCAGGAGGGCAUGGUGACAUCUGUGUGGGGAUAUUUGGUCUGGGUAACCUGGGAAAACAGCUGCUGUUCAGCCUCCUUCAAAAGAUCAGAAUCAAACCCACACAAACUAACAUAUCUACCAGAAACCCAGAGUCUGCAGAGGAAUGUGUCCUGACAGGAGUUGAGUGUUUCUUUGACAAUCGCAGACUGGCAGCAUGGGCAGAUGUUCUGUUCCUCUGCUGUUUGCCUUCUCACCUUGAAAGAAUCUCUGCUGAUCUUUGUUCUCACUUGCCAUAGCACUGCCUCGUGUACAGUUUCACCACUGCUGUCCCUGUCACCAGUAUAGCUGAAUGUCUUGGUCACAAUGACACCUCAGACCUGUGACAGUCCUGCUUUCAUCUGGCAGCAGCUUUGUCAGAUCCAUCGCUGACAGAGGCAUCAUGUCCUCUUACUUUAAAAGGUGGCAUCACUUUAGGUCUGAACUGGGUAUGUGGAGUGUUUUACAGCCUGUUAAACAUCUGCACCUCUGCCUGUCUGGGAUCCAGUGGGGCUCCUUCUCUAAUUAACAGCAUUUUCACAGAGAAAUGGAUGAAAAAUAAGCCAUUAUGCAUAGAAUCCGAUAUUGCAUUUAAUUUUUUGCUGCACGAACAACGGUCUUUUCCCUGGAUUUCUCUCAUUGAUACCCAAACCAAGGAGACACGGCUGCUUCUCUUUGUAAAGAGCAGCAAAUCAGUGCAGCAGUGCAUCUGUCCAGCAUACAAAUCACACCCUGAAAGAACAAUAAACUGA